AUGGUAGCUUUGAAUGUCCCUGGCCUGCAUGAUGGCCGUCUGCUACAGAAGUGUCCAACUAAGAUAGUCAUUACCCAUGGCAAGCCUCAAAAGUCUCGUAAGAAACUAAAGGUGACUAUUUGCAUACUUUUUGUGGAGCUAUUCGAGAGGUUUACCUUUUUCGGGAUUGUUUGCAAUAUGAUUCUUUUUUGCACCAUCAAGUUGGGAUAUGAAAAUUACCAAGCUGCCACAGUAAACUUGUGUUUUGUGGGAGCUAGUACACUCACACCUGUACUUGCAGGAUGGUUUGCAGAAACGUGUUUGGGAAGGAAAAAAGUUCUUUACCUUUGUGCUCUACUUCAUUUUAUUGGUACUGCCAUGCUCCCUGUAGUGGCAUUUCCCUUUGAGGAUUUCUACAUCGACACACACAAUAUUGUUCAUCAUCUUAAGCCACAGGUGCAACAUAUACUCUUCUACACAGGGUUGCUGGCAGCUUCUCUUGGUAUAGGAGGUAUUCGUGCUAUCCUUUGCCCAUUAGGAACCAAUCAACUUGAAGAUUAUGACCAAAACCAGCUAUUAUCCUUUUUUAACUGGCUCUACUGGCUAGUCAACAUGAAAUCUAUGGUUGUCUUCUUGGGGAUUGCUUUCAUCCAGCGAUCAGUGGGCAGAAAUCUAGGCUUUCUCAUUCCUUUUACUUCUGUUCUCCUGGCUCUUACUGGCAUACAUAUGGCACGCAGCAAUCUCAUCUUACGUCCCAAGAAAGGUAAUUCCUUGCUGACCACACUGGGCGUGUUUUUAAACUCCUUACAAAUGUGCUGCCUGCGAUAUCGCCAUUUAAGUGGAGAUGUAGCCAAUUGGUUUGACCGUGCCAAAGAGAACAAUGGAGGAUGCUACAGUGAGACCAGUGUAGAAAAUGUUAAGAUUGUAGUAAAGCUUUUUCCUCUUUUUGGACUGCAGUUGCUCUACCGGGCUUGUAUUAUCCAGAUUCCAUCAGGAUACUACAUUCAGACCAUGCAUUCGAAUUUAAACCUCAGUGGUUUGUUGCUCCCAAUAGCAGCAAUGAAUGUGAUCAGUAUCGUACCACUGCUAAUUUUAGCACCAGUACUACUUUUUGUCUGCAUGUGCUACAACACUGUAAGGAAAAUACCUCCAUCUCCUGUUAAAUUCCUAGUAACAGGACAUGCAUGUGCAGCUAUCUCGGUGCUAAUUGCAGGCAUUUCUGAGAUCAACAGGAAGAACUACCCUCAAACAGAGCACAAAAUCUCAGGAACUGUGAUGCAGGUGUCCUCGAUGGUCUGCUUUCAGCUAGCACCUCAGUAUAUCUUACUGGGUGUAGCAGAGGCCUUUGUCACACCAGCAUGUUCUCUUGUGUCUUUCUGUCUGGCCCCCAGCAGCCUUAGAGGGAUUUCACUGCAAUUCCUCACCCUCGCUUAUGGUGGAGGCUGCUUUCUGGGUGCUCUUCUUAUUCAAUUCUUGUAUCAUGUGUCUGGUGGGAACUUUUAUCCAAAUAUUCUUAAUGAUGGUAAUAUGGAGAGAUUUUUCUUCAUUUUGGCAAUGCUUAUGACCAUAAACACACUGGUCUGUUGGAAAAUAUCUUACAGGUACACAGAUCUGACUGUUGAACUGGACAAAAAAAUUGGACAAAGUCAACUGACUGAGAAGCUUCUACAGUAUAAAUCCUGUCUCAGAUACUAUGAUACAAUAUAA